CCACUCUUCAUUCGCGGCAGCUCGGCUGUUUUCGGAAAGUGGUACCGCUGUGUCAGUCUUUUGUAAUCUGGUUAAACUAAAGACUCUGGAGAUAUGAACGAUGCUUUACUACUCUAUAGGUAAUCAAAACGAACGCGAGAUUGACACAAACCGUUUGUUUACAUGAGACCGGAAGUUAGUCCCUUAUUCGCGUAAAGCGUCGCGAGUCGUAUGUGAAUACGUCAUCUGUGGGGUAUUUUGGACUAAAAAUCAUCACAUUGUCCGUUGCUGUAUGCACACCAGAGGAGUUAUACCGAGAAGAAUGUCUCGUAGGUGUUCUGUAGUUGGAUGUAAGAAUGAACAUAAGAGUAUCCAUAUACUACCGACAUCUGAGCCGUUGAAGACGCAGUGGAUUCAUUUCAUGUUUAAAGGAAACGCGGCCCUGGAUUUACCUAAAUAUGUUUAUGCUUGCGCAAAUCAUUUUACAUCAAGCUGUUUUAUUAACGAGGGUCAAUACAAAGCAGGUUUUGCUAAAAAGUUGAUUCUUAAGGAUGGAUCAGUACCAACUAUCCGUCAUCCAGAUUUAAAUCCAAUCAACGAUCAUUCAUUUUUGGUGAUCUCUGGACAGUUGUCUGGUAUCAAGUCAAUGACACUUCAAAACCCAGAAGGGAUGCAAGCAAAAAGUGAAAGUGAGAGACGGCAUGCUAAAACGACAAUCGACAUCGGUGACGCUUUUCCGCUGUGGCGAACCUUCAGAGAAGAAAAUGGAUUUAGGACUGACACGGAGCUGGCUUUUUACUUACUGAAGAGGGUGUGUGGUGAAGAUCUCUUAGCUCGAAGUAAAAAACGAAAAUUUGAGCCGUUAACUGAUGUGCCUGCACUAAAAACAGAGGAGUUUGAGAGAAAUUUAUCUCAGUCCAGCCAUGACCAUCAGUCCACAGAUAAAGAUGAAGAUAUGGAGGUGGCAGAGAUCUGCUAUGAAGUUCCUUUUCCAUUUCAAACAGAUGAAUCGGCACAGACUAAAUUAAAGUCAGAAGACCAGAUAAAGUUGGAGGACCGGUUAAGAUAUGAAGACCAGAUAAUAUCAGAAGUCCAGAUAAAGUCUGAAGACCAACUUGACCAAGAUGUCUGCAAUGGUUUUGUUGCUCCAGCAGUAGACAAUGAAGAUAUUGAUCCAUGGAUUUCAACUGUUAAAAAAGAAAUAAAAUAUCGAAUUUGUGUAUUCUGUGAUGGACAGACGUCUGUCGUACCAAUCAGUUGGAUUUUUGAAGACAACGGAACAUUAAAAUGUCGAUGGACAUCAUUACUCUCAAACAUUAAAAACAAUUCUCCACCAAAGCCCAACUGGAAAGUUUAUGAUAUUGUGAAGAUCAUUGGACCACCUUUUGGAGACUAUGAUCAAGCAAAUCAGUAUAUCUCAGAUUACACAACUGGGGUCUCAGCAGCAGAGGAAUCACUUUCUUAUUCAAAGAGAGAUCCUGCAGUUGUGGAACUACAUGAGGAGAGAAAAAGGCAAAAGAAGCCCUGUGAUGAAAGUGACCUUAAUUCAGAAACAUCUUCCUGUGAAGAUACUCUUCAGAGAAGUGGGGUAAACGAUGAGGAAAAUCCCAAAAGCUCUGCUUCUUCAGAGAAGGAACCACAAUCCAAAGUCACCUUGGAGCAAAUGUUUGAUCUGAAUACGAAGAUGCUUCAACAUAUCCAAAUGUUGGAAGAGAGACAAACUUUCAUCAUAAACGACUUUGCAAAAAUGAAAGCUGUUUUCCUAAAGCGGGCAGAUGAAGAUGUUCUCGAGGAACUUUUUGAACAACAACAGUGCUCCAGUUGUGAAACAUUUGAAGCCUUUUGUCAAAGGCUAGAAGAAGACAGAACUUAUCGCGAGCUUUAUAUAAACUAUCUCAUCCAAACCCACGGCAGCUAUAAUAUAGGUGAGAUAGUGAGACAGAGUCUAAAAAGCAUUGUGGCGGACAGCGUUCUCUGUUUGUACAACCGGACGGGGAAAGACGGGAAGAAGGUGUUGCCGCCUGUGCUCCUGAAAUGUUUGACGAGAUGUGUCAAGUCUUUUCAAAAGCAGAAUGAAAUCGAGGAAGAACCACUAGAGACUGAAGUACAACCGGAAAACAGAUACGAUGUCGGCAUGAAUUCAGUUGGUACGUCGAACAAGAUCUGUCACAGUUUUGUUCAGACUGUAAAUCCAGUGGCAGUAAAAGAACAACACACAGAAGAGCCGCUGGUGCCCAAUAAAACUCAUUCCAAAGGACUGUUCAGGACUUGCAUUCGAUGUGGAGAACCAGUGCAGGAAUUCACAACCGUAUCAUCUGGGAACCUCAACCAACUUCAGUUAAAAUGUUUAAAUGGACACCACAUGUUGCUUUCGCACAACAACCCCCCAACACAGACACAUACACAUCUGAGCUAGUUUAUAUAAGUGACGUGUCCUUUAUAUAAAGGUUUACUUUGAUAUAACAUCUUUAACUUGUCAGUGGUGGUACUGAGGAUGUUGUGAAAGACUUCCAUUGUAAUCUAUCUACAUCUGCCUGUUUACAUUAUAGAAAAUGUUUUUAAAAAAAAGUGUAAUAGAAAAAAACAAAAAUUAAGACAA